GCGGGUGAGGCGCGGGAGCCGCCAUGGCCGGGCCCGCCCUGCCCAUCCGCCGCUCCCGCCGGGAACUGGUGGAGGCCGUGAGGGAGCGGCCCUUCCUCAUCGUCACCGGCGAGACGGGCAGCGGCAAAAGCACGCAGCUGCCCAAGUACCUCUACGAGGCAGGCCUGGCCAAGCACGGGGCCAUCGGUGUGACCCAGCCACGGCGUGUGGCCACCAUAUCGGUGGCACAGAGGGUGGCUGAGGAGAUGGGCUGCGAGCUGGGGGCUCUGGUGGGCUACCAGGUCCGCUUCGACGACUGCACCUCCGAGGACACUGCCAUCAGGUACAUGACAGACGGGUGCCUCCUGAGGCAAAUCCUGACUGAUCCCCUGCUCAGCAAGUACAGCAUCAUCAUUUUGGAUGAAGCCCACGAGCGGAGCCUCAGCACYGAUAUUUUAUUUGGUCUGCUGAAGAAACUGUUCCUGCAGAAAAAGCCAGAAGGCAGGAAGACAGACAUGAAGGUGGUGGUGAUGUCAGCCACCCUGGAGGUGGAAAAGCUCUCGGAAUUCUUUGGGAACUGCUCGGUGCUGCACAUCCCAGGGAGGAGUUACCCUGUCAAGGAGAUAUUCUGCAACCUGCUGAGCCCCAGGGAUGUGGGCAGCUCUGCCUAUGUCACCGAGGCUGUGAAGGUCACCCUGGAUGUCCACUUAAACGAACCAGAAGGYGACAUCCUGGUUUUCCUGACAGGCCAGAAUGAGAUCGAGAGAGCUUGUGACUUGCUCUUCAAGAAGGCAGAAUCCAUYGAUUAUCGCUACGAGGUGCACGACCGGGCUGUGGAAGGGCUGCUCAUCCUACCCUUGUACGGCUCCAUGGCCACAGAUCAACAGAAAAGGAUAUUUUUGCCAGCUCCCAGGGGCAUCAGGAAAUGUGUGGUUUCCACAAACAUYGCUGCAACAUCUCUGACCAUCGAAGGAGUCAGAUAUGUGGUAGACAGUGGCUUUGUGAAGCAGCUGAAUCACAACCCCCGAGUUGGUUUGGACAUCCUGGAGGUGGUUCCCAUCUCAAAGAGCGAAGCCAAGCAGCGCGCGGGCCGGGCUGGCCGGACSUCGGCGGGGAAAAGCUACGGAUUGUACAGCAGGGAGUUCUGGGAACGCUGCAUGCCUGAGCACACCGUGCCUGAGAUCAGGAGGACCAGCCUGACAUCUGUCAUCCUGACCUUGAAGUGCCUUUCCGUGCACGAUGUCAUCAGAUUUCCUUAUUUGGACCCCCCUGAAGAAAGACAUAUUUUGGAAGCUCUGAAGGAACUUUACCAGUGCGGUGCUAUUGACAGGAGAGGCCACRUGACAAGGCUGGGCGAGUUCCUGGUGCAGUUUCCCCUCCCUCCCAACCUGUCCUGUGCUGUCAUAAAAGCUGCCUCCCUGKACUGUGAAGAUCUCCUGCUUCCCAUUGCAGCCAUGCUGUCCGURGAAAACGUCUUCAUCCGGCCAGGUGAUCCUCAGAAGCAAAAGGAGGCUGAGCUUCAACACCAGGAACUUGCCUCACAAGUGGGAGGAUGCAAUGACUUUGCAACCCUCUUAAAUAUUUUUGAACAGUGCAAAGCAAGCAAAUCUCCUUCAUCCUGGUGCCAGGAAUAUUGGAUCCACUGGAGAGCUGUGAAAUCUGCUUUCAGUGUGGAAAGACAGCUGCGGGAAAUAACCACCAAACUGAAACAGCUGCCAGACUUCCCUAAAGAAACAUUUGAAGGCUCCAGAACUGAAAUACUGAGAAGGUGCCUCUGUGCAGGAUAUUUCAUCAACGUUGCUAGGAGAUCUGCAGCCAGGACAUUCUGCACAAUGGACGGACAUGGCAGCAUAGUCUACAUCCACCCUUCAUCCACACUCUACAACCAGGAGACCCUYCUGGACUGGAUCAUUUUCCACGACGUGGCCGUCACCUCCAAGAUCUACGUGCGCACCGUGUGCCCCGUCCGCUACGAGUGGGUGAAGGAGCUGCUGCCCAGGCUGCACCAGGUGGAUGCCUAUGAGCUGAGCAGCGUGGCCAGGGAGGAGGUGACAGAGGAGGAAAUCACCAAGUGGCAGCAGAGGGAGGAGCUGAAAAGGCAGAGUGAAGGAGUCACAGACAACUCUGUGAGGAAGAUGGAGAGGAGGAAUGAUGAGCAAUCCAUCCAGGAUGCCCGAGCUCGGUACCUCGAGAGGAAACAGCAGAGAGCUCAGGGUCUGAGUGAUGUGGAGAAGGAAACAGGGUAACUCUGGGGAGGCACUUUGUGCAGCUCUGGGUACAUUGACAAAACGCCAAAUGACUGCAGGAGGGCAGGGAAACUGCUGCUUUGUGAUCAUUCUGAGUGCCAAAGAGGACAAAUGCAGCUUUUCCCUUCGCUGCAUCCAGCAGGGAAACCUUUCCCAAGCUGGAUUGUGUUUGCUGCAGGUCAGUGGCAACGGUUUAGUGGCUGUGGCUAAAGCCCUGAUACCAAGUGUGGUGCCAAUUCUCUGGCAUUUCUUUGACUUAGAAACRUCUCAGCACCGUUAUAAAUAAAAWUUUCUUAUAGGGGUGGUUGGGGUUWAUUUUUUUAAGGAGCAGAACCGUAACUUUUUACCCUUUUUAUUGUGAUGGUGGUCACGCAGUCUUCAUGCUCAGGAAAAUGUGCAGGAAGGGCUCUUUGAAGGCUUUUUGGAUUAGGUGACUGUUAUUUUCAGAAUUAGAUGGAUUUUGAUCUCAAAAAUGGCAAUUCCAAAUCUAUAGGAAGAAUACAAGAGGAUAUAAAAGCUUUUUUUCCUUAAGCAUCGAAAAGAGCAAGGAACUGUGGUGCUUUGUCAUCAUAAAUGUUUGCUUCCUUCUGAGUAAAGCAAUAAUCCUAUUUUAUCACCAUAACAAUCCUAAAACGCUCCAGGGCUCUAGUGUGGAGUUGGUGUAAGAAUUUCCAAAUAAUUGGAAGGAUUUGCUGUUGAUUUUCCUGCCUCAGCUGUGUGCUCUGUGUCACCCUGGUCACUGGUUCAAGUGGUGCUGUGGCCUGAAUAAAACAUUCACYAUCCCACCUCUUCCUCACCUUAUACUGGCCAGGAUCUCCAAAAUCUCAGGAUUCUUUUUUUUUUUUUAAUAUGACAAUAUUAUUGCUCAUAAAGAAAAUUGUGGUAAUUAUUCCUCUUUCUGUGAUGGAUGGGAAAAGGUUUUGUUCUUUCACGCUGCUGCUCAGGCUCUGCUUUGGAACAGCAGCACUUGGGUUUG